AUGGAGACCAGGGAUAGACUGUGGCCUCUGCUCGGGGUCCUGCAUGCCUUCCUGAGCCUCUGUCACCCUCACCCUGAACCCUGCCACAUCCUCAGCCGGAUCGGACACACGGUGCGCCUGGGAACCGUCCUGCCCACUCCGCGGAAAGCCGAGCUUCAACGGGCGCUGGUCGAAGCCGCGGACUCGGCGCUCAGGGAGAACCUUCUGCCCUAUAACCUGAGCCUGGAGAUGAUCCACAGCCAGAUGUGGCAGCCCGAUCCCCAGUCACUCCUGCAAUCCAUCUGCCAGUCGGUGGUAGUCCGGGGAGUCGCGGCUGUACUGGCGUUCCCACAGUCCACGGAACAACUUACUCAGAUGGAUUUCUUAUCUUCUUUCCUGGACAUCCCGUUCAUUAGUAUAAUGGAGCAAGGAGAAGCGCUAAGGACCGAGAACCCACUGCACCUGCAGAUGAGCAUGGAAAGCCCGAUGACCUCCUUGAUGGACUUACUCAUCAGUGUCCUUAAAACCAAUGCCUGGUAUGACGUCAGUGUGAUUUUGUGUCACAGCUGGGACAUCUCCGGCUUGCUCAGCUACCUGAGCAACAACUCGAACUUCGAACUGCGGGCUUUGCUCAACCUCACGGAUGUGGAUGAUGCGGGCAUCAUUCAGUUUUUACAUGAGAAAUUGAAUGAUUUGAAGGACUCGUCCACCUCGGUUCUGAUGUUUAGCAGCGAUGCUAAAUGCUCCGAUUUUGUCUUUGAAACAGCAGCCGCGUUGGGCUUGACCUCCUCAGACUUUCACUGGGUUAUUGGUCAUCCACUCAACAUCGAUGAUCUGCAAACGGCUGACCUGCCCCUAGGCCUACUUGCCUACGGCGAAGUGAGCAAGCCAGUUCUGGGAAGUUAUGUGAGAGAUGCAGUUGAACUAAUAGCGAGAGCCAUAUCCACAGCAGUGUUCAUCCGACCUGACACAACACUCAUCCAAAGCAUGGUGAACUGCUACGACAAACAGAAAGAAGAGAUGAUAUCUUCAGGUCAAUAUCUUUCAAGGUUUUUGGCAAAUACAUCAUUUGAAGGAGUGACGGGUUAUAUCCACGUACAGGAGACAUCACAUAUUCACAGCAACCACCGCUACCAUAUCUGGAAUCUACGGCAAGACCCAUUAGGAAAACCUACCUGGGUCAGAGUUGGCAAAUGGAACCAACAGAAGAUUGAGAUUGAACAAGGCAUAUGGCCCAACAGAAUUCAAAAUGAAGUGAACGAGGACAGUAGUUCCUCAAGCUUCAAGUUCCGUGUCGUCACAUUGGUGGAGCUGCCGUUUGUUUUCACCAGGGAGGUUGACAUUGAUGGCAAUUGUCCAGCUGGUCACUUAUGUUUGGACCCUCACACCAAAGACCCUGUGGUGUUGGCACAGCUGUUUGAGGAGCUGAACAAUGAAAAUGGUUCUGUGCCAACAGAGUACAAGAAAUGUUGCUAUGGUUACUGCAUGGACCUCCUGGAGCAGUUGUCGAAUGACCUGGGAUUUGAAUUUGACCUUUACAUUGUUGGAGAUGGGAAGUAUGGUGCCUGGAAAAAUGGAAGAUGGACUGGACUGGUAGGCGAUCUCCUCAGUGGGGCUGCCCACAUGGCAGUCACCUCCUUUAGCAUUAAUUCAGCACGUAGCAGAGUGAUAGAUUUUACUAGUCCCUUCUAUUCCACCAGUUUGGGAAUCCUGGUGAGGUCAAAGGACACGGCAGCUCCCAUUGGUGCUUUCAUGUGGCCAUUACACUGGACAAUGUGGGUUGGGAUUUUUGUAGCACUCCACAUCACAGCCCUGUUUCUCACACUUUAUGAGUGGAAGAGUCCAUUUGGAAUGACCCCCAAAGGAAGAAACAGAAUAAAAGUGUUCUCAUAUUCAUCGGCACUUAACUUAUGUUAUGCAAUCCUCUUUGGACGGACUGUUUCUAGUAAGACGCCUAAAUGCUGGACUGGACGUUUUUUAAUGAACCUUUGGGCAAUCUUCUGCCUCCUUGUCCUAUCCAGUUAUACAGCCAACUUGGCAGCAGUUAUGGUGGGAGAGAAAACUUUUGAGGAACUAUCCGGGAUUCACGAUGAUAAGCUACACCAUCCAUCUCAGGGGUUUCACUUUGGGACAGUGCGGGAGAGCAGUGCAGAGGACUACAUGAAGAAGAGUUUUCCCGAGAUGUACGAAUACACAAGAAGGUUCAAUGUUCCAACAACGCUUGACGGGGUGGCUCAUCUGAAGACUGACCCCUCAAAACUGGAUGCAUUUAUCAUGGACAAGGCACUGUUGGAUUACGAGGUAUCCAUUGACGCUGAGUGCAAGCUGAUAACAGUGGGCAAGCCAUUUGCGAUUGAAGGGUAUGGAAUUGGAUUGCCACAAAACUUUGGGCUAAAUUCUAACAUUUCUGAAUUGAUCAGUCGCUACAAAUCAGAUGGAUUCAUGGAUAUGUUGCACAACAAGUGGUACAAGAUAGUUCCAUGUGGAAAACGAACUUUUGAAGUGACAGAGACACUGCAAAUGGGAAUCAAGCAUUUCUCAGGGCUGUUUGUUUUACUCUGCCUGGGCUUUGCUGGAUCGUUGCUGUCAAUUGUUGGGGAGCAUAUUGUCUACAGACUAGUUCUUCCAAGGAUCAGGAAACGGAAAAAAUUUAAGUACUGGCUCCACACAAGUCAGAAAAUCCACCGUGUUUUAAAUAUGACCUUUGAAGAGCAGAAGGUGAAGACAGAUAAAAGAUGCAACCUGCAGAAGAUCCAGAAGGUGCCUCCAACCACAAUACGAGCAACUGCCCAGACCAGAUGGAACAACCAAAGGCGCAUAAUCAUCAAAGACAACGUAAAACACCAGGCUGAGCCAGGGGGUUGUGCACAAGACCAUUAUGCACUACAAUCAGAUAAAAAAUCAUCUGGAGUCAUCUGUGAGAAUGGAGGAAUUGGUUAUUGUCCACAGAGAGGAAAGAAUGCACAUGAUAAUGAAAUAAAAGAACUGGAGCGAAGGAUACAAACAAUUAAGGAGCAGCUGAGAGUUGCCUUGAAGAAGAGGGAUGAACUGGCUGCUUCCAUUGAGUUGUCUAAAGAUGGUCACCAGACUCCUUCAAGCACUGGCAAUAAAGAAAACACUGACAAAAGGUGAUGGUGGCCGUGGCUUUAUACAAAAUGCACUUUUUGACUAUGAUAUAAAUUAAAAAAUGGCUGCACACUUCAGAGAUCUUCAACCGACCAUUUGGAAUCCAUGGAAGCACAUUUCAAAGCACUUUUGCUGCAUGAGCAUUAAUUGCCAAGUAUUGUCGAUAGGUGAAAGUGAACAGAUGCAGUUUAUUUUUAAUAGCACAUGAAAUUCAGGUGCUUUCACUAAACCCGAAAUGAAAACAGUCCUUGAAAAAUUCAAUAAUAAAAAAUUUGUAUAUGUAUUUAAAAUGUGCUUGACAUUGUAGCUGAAUCAGACAAUCUAUUUCACCAGCAUCAGACUUGAAGGAGGAGAACAGAGAGAAAUAUUAUUUUGGAAUUGCAAUAUAUACAAAGCAUUGACUUGCUGCCAGCCUCAGACAAUUGCCUUUGCUAAUUAUAAUGUUUCAGAUAUUCAAUAUAUUUUUUUUGCUGUUUAAAAAGUUGAUGUGUUUGGUUGCAAUGGACAUUAAAAAGCAUUACCUUGGUCAUGAAGUUCUGAAAUAUUCACAGGACUAUUUUGUGGAAACUAUGACCUACCAUACUCAUUCAAUCGUUAUGUGCCAUGUCGUAUGAUAUGGGUGAUCAUGGUCUUUCCAUAAUCAUGAUUGUUCCUGGCAAAUUUUUUUCCACAGAAGUGGUUUGCCAUUGCCUUCCGGGCAGUGUCUUAACCAGAUG